AUGAGUGACUCUGAAGAGUACGCCUUUUCUGGGGAAGAAGAUGAAGUUGAAAUGGGGGAGGACGAAGUGGAAGAGGAAGCUGAAGAGCAGUCUGACGAUGAUGAAUCAAUUAGAAAUGACCUCGCACAGACGACAUUUGAAGAUCUUUUGGCGAUGCGCGAUAAACUAGGCACCAAAGUGUACCGGGACAGUGUGCUGAAGAAGUUGAGCGGUAGUGGUGCAGCUGGUGGUGAACAACCAACUUCAAACAACAAGGACAAACAAGCAAGCAGACAAGCAUCAAAGCCCAAAUCAGCCAAAUCGAUAUCGGCACCGAAACCGAAAAGCCAGCCCAUUGUGGCCAACUCAAAGCGGCUUGAAACGAAGCACAACUUUGCCAUUCUGCCAGUUCCAUCCCUCGCUACCAAAGCAAAGACUUUUCGUGAUCCUCGCUUCGAGUCCACCUCGGGCACCUUUCAGGCGGACAAGUUUGAGGACAACUACCGCUUUUUGAGCUCGAUGAAGAAGCGCGAACUGGAGGUGCUACAGAAAAGGCUGAAGCGCACAAAGUCGCCCGAAGAGAAGGCCAAGCUGACCAGGUCGAUGAACAUCCUUCGGGCGCAACUGAGGGCGGAAACGCAGAAGGACAAGGCGAGAGAGGUGGAGAAGAGCGUCAAGACGGUGAUUGCCAAAGACCUGGCGCCUUUUCACAGUGCACCUCAUUCUCCUUUUCCACCUCCUCCUCCACCGUCUUCAUCUGCUGAUUCGAAACUUUCUCCACAAAAACCAAAAGCCCCACAAAAGCCAAAAGUAUUCGUCAACAAAGCUGUCGUCAAGCGAGCCCAGCUGGUGGCCAAGUUCAAGGACCUGAAGAAGCGAGGGCGGCUGGACAAGUACAUUGAGCGGAAACGCAAGAAGAACGCCGGAAAGGAGCGCAAGUACUUUGAGCAGCGAAUCUAA